GUUUAAACCCGCAGUUCGUGGGUUUAGGACGUGUUUAAACCCGCAGUUCGUGGGUUUAGGACGUGUUUAAACCCGCAGUUCGUGGGUUUAGGACGUGUUUAAACCCGCAGUUCGUGGGUUUAGGACGUGUUUUCUCGCGGCUGACGGGACCGUUGACGCGGCAUGGACGACAGCAAGAUGCCGGAGGGGAAGGUGAAGAAUCCCGGGAAACGCAGCAGGAAACUGGCCAAGAUGGACCUGCGGGAGGAGCUGGACAUGAGUCAUAAAGGAAGACCCAAAAGACACUGCUGUGAUGAUUGCGAGCAAGUCUUCACCACUUCAUCAAAGCUGAAGAAGCAUAAGAAAACUCACACUGGGGAUAAACCGUACAGCUGUGAUCAGUGUGGAGCGUAUUUUGCCCGACAAGGUAACUUAAAGCAACACCAUCGUAUUCACACUGGAGAUAAGCCUUACAGAUGUGAUCAGUGUGGAGCGGCUUUUGUCCGACAAGGUCAUUUGACGACUCACCAGCGUAUUCACACUGGAGAGAAGCCUUACAGCUGUGAUCAGUGUGGAGCGGCUUUUGCCCAUCAAGGUGCUUUAAGGCGUCACCAACGUAUUCACACUGGAGAAAAGCCUUACAGAUGUGAUCAGUGUGGAGCGGCUUUUGCCCAUCAAGGUGCUUUAAGGAGUCACCAACGUAUUCACACUGGAGAAAAGCCUUACAGAUGUGAUCAGUGUGGAGCGGCUUUUGCCCGGCAAACUCACCUAACGAAUCACCAACGUAUUCACACCGGAGAAAAGCCUUACAGAUGUGAUCAGUGUGGAGCGGCUUUUGCCGAGCAAAGUGCUUUAAGGAGUCACCGACGUAUUCACACUGGAUAAAAAGUGUACAUUUAUGAUCAGGUCAUUGUCAGGGUUUGAAAUUUCCCGUUUUAAUUUAAAGCCCAUGUCUUUGUGUUUCUUUGUGUUUGAGUUCUUGUUUGACCUUCCUGGUUCCCAUCUGCCCUGAUCGUUUGCACCUGUGUAUCUUUAUCCUUUGUGUAUAUCUGGUCUAGUCUUUCCCCUGCUCCCUGCUGGUCCGUCCUUUUUCAUCCCUCCAUCUGUU